AUGCCACAGGAAAUUCGUUCUGCAAUUGCAGAUGGCAAGAGACCUAAACCAGUGGAGCGACGCCAGAUGGUACGAGAACUCGCGGAUGAAAUGAGAAGGGGCUUCCUACACCAACGAUCCUCUACAGACAAGAGGGGUCCAAGUGACACAUAUGGAUGUACACGAUUUCAGCCACAGCUACCCCCAGAAGAAACUGAUGACACUGUGGAGCAGCACCGCCAGAGACUGGAGGAGAUUUACAGACAGGAGGGUGCAGGUGGAGCAGAAAGAGCAGAAGUUAAAAAUCUAAUGGAGCUCACAUUCUCUCUACAACGUCGCCAUAUAAAUACACUUCCACCACCUGACAUUGAAGAUUUGAAAACCAAAUGGCCUUUUCUUUUCACGCCAAGGUAUAUAUACGCACAUUUUGAGUUGCUCACAGACAUCAAUGUGCUUCAUAGCGUGGAACUCAGUAUGGAGGAAUGUGGAAGAGCCAUAACAGAAUACUUCAGGGGAAAACCUACCAACAAAGAUGUCAAGGAUAUCCUCUCUAAUGGUGAAGAUAAUGAGAUGGCACUUCGUGUUGUUCAGCUGCUCAUGGCACACUUUGGAGAGGACCUAACCGGGCUGAUCCUUCUUACAGAUGUGUCUGCCACUGCAGCUGACGUUGAGACAACUCUCAGUCUUCCUGCAAGUCCUCGCCUGAUACUGCCUGUUUCAGGUGCAACAGGGCAAGUCACAAUUAGAGGUUGGAUGAUCACCUUUGAGGGCCGUGUAAUCUCUGAGGGCAUCACACCAACAUUUGCAACGGGACUUGCUGCUGUGUUUGCAAUCUACUACAUAUUCAACCUUCAGUAUCAAGAUGAGGCAGCCUGCACUCUGGAAUUCAUUCAGAGGUAA